AUGCGACCUGUGUCAGACGAUGAAUCCGUGAUUCUGAUGAUUUCUCCUAAAUUUGCUACAGUACACGACCACGUUUCCUUUCAGUGGAGUCUUAAAAUUCAUGGAACAACUGGAAGGUUGAACGGAUCUGAUGAUGACUUGGAGGAAGAGGAUGAUUCUCCGUCAAAUUACGUUGCUGUUGAGCUUUAUUUUGUAGAUGGUCCAAUUAGUCAGGUAGAUCUUCGGGCGGUCGUUCGUGUGAUGCAAAAAGAUGCGACGAACGAGAAGCCAGAAAUGGUUGAAGAACGCAGCACCAUAUCCAUGCAACGAGGACGCGGUUGCGAAGUAACAGACAAGGAUCGUACGACAGUUUCUGAUUAUAUCAAGGAAAAUGUUGGUUGCGUUGUGAAAGUGUCACUGUUAGUCAAAAUGGAUGCUAAACUAUUCGAUCCGUACACAUAUCUGGACAAGGUCUCCCCAACUCCUCAUAAAUCCUUCCUUACUCUUAACUAUAAUGCACGAGUGAAUAGCAAAAUAUGGAGAAGGAGAUCGAGAAAAAAAUCUAUGCGAGAUGAGAAUGGAAAAGUCAGCAAAAAAGAAAAAAUCGAUGUUGAAAAGAAAUUCGCAGAAGUAAUGGAACAAGAGCGUGAAAAGCUCCUCGCCAACAUGUACUUCAACAAGAUUGUUUUACCUGGUAUGGAGUACGUGGAGGAUUUUGUUGACUUCCUCAUCGAUGCCGAACUUAACGAUCUGCCCGUACUGAAACGGGCAUGCGAACGCUACCUCUGUGGAGAGCUAAACACUAAGAAAGAUUUACUCACAUCCCUUCUGCUCGAUUUGCUCUUCAUGUCGAUCGUUUUUAAAAUGCCGGUCAUGAAAAGUAUGACUUUAUCAGAGUUGUCGAACAGAACUGAGGAAUUGUCGCAGCCAGAUAAACUGUUGGAAGAUGACGAGUACAAAGUUUUGGACAAACGAAUUCGAUCGUUAUCGGAUCGCAACCUGGUGGAACUUAUUGAGCAGUGCGUAGCUUUCAGUGAGCAACGGAACAGAGUGCAAGUAAUCGCACUCAGCACGUAG